AUGGCGGACGUAUGCAAGUCCUUGCCUCCUUGCUUACCCGAGGAAAGGCGUGACGAAAAAGCGACUUCCCCCUCUCCUCCGUCUUUGUCUCCCUUGGUUACUUCGUGCGCGACCUCGUCGCGUGCCUCUGCGUCGCCCGCUUCCUCGACUUCCUCUCGUUCUUCCUUGCGUUUUUCAGAUUUCUCUCACUACUCCCUCUCACCGGCUUCUGCGUCUUCCUGUUCCCCCUCGCCUGCGUCCUCUUCUUCUGCCUCGGCCGAUGCCUCUUCUUCCCCGUAUUCCUCGUCGGUGUCUGCCUCUGUCGCGCUGCUGGUAGAUGAGGCGGAAAUGGCCUCGCCGUUCUGCCACGCGGGAUCGGCUACGCACCCGGAAUCUCCGUCGCGCAUUGUUGCUAUCCUCGAGACUCUUCUCCGCCACGGUUGGGUGUCCAGGCGUGACCGAGGUGUUCCUCGGCGCGGCGAGGCCACGCCUGAGCAGGCCAAGAGGACAGAAGAGCCACUCCCUUUCGGAAAUUCGCCAGACCUGGCGCGUUGCGGGAGCGAGGCGCCUCUCGCUCGCGGGCCUUCGGGGAGUCGCUCUGAGGAGUGCACCUUUCCUGUCUCUCUUUCCCCCUUUGACCGCUCCUCUGCGCCGUCUUCUUUGUCUCCGCCCGAUGGAGAUCUACGCUUUUCUCCCUCGCCCGACUGCUCCGCCAGCGAAGCGGUUCGAGGCGGGCAUCGCGGGUCUCCCACUGCUGCGCCGUCUUCGUUUCCUUUCUACUCCACGUGCCCGAGGCUGGUUGUCCUGCCGUGCGCCCGACUGGCCACAGAUGAAGAGCUGCGUGUUUGCCACACGGCAGACUACAUUGCUCGCAUUGACUCCGUGUUCCCCUCUUCUCUCGCUUCUCCCGGCUCUUCGCUCCGCAAAGCCCCCGCCAAGGCGGGCCAAGGCAAGGAGAAGAAACCUUUGCAAGCUGCGUCCGCUCUUCCAGAUCGGUUGAAGAAAGGCAGGAAAUGGUCCGCUCACAACCCCGAUCUGGACUGCAAAUCGACUUCGUGCCAUUCCCCCUCUGCGUCUUCCUCCGAUUCGCCCUCCGUUUCUGAACCCAGUUCGGCGCCGUCCCCCUCGUCGCGUGCUUCCGUGCGGCGCCUGCCUUCGCCGCCCCUCGCACGCCCGAAAGGGUCGGCGACAGACAGGGCGCAGGCGACUUGUGAAGACGCGGUCCCGUCAAGGAAACCUCACGCGGAGACAGAAGGCCCAGCCGGUCGUGGCGGCUCAUGGGCAGACCCCACGGAGCGCGGAGAUGAGAAGAAGGUAUUGGGCGCACACCCGGCGCCCCCGUCUUUGCCGUCUUCGCUAUUUCCGACGGCACCAUCUUCCCUGUCGCAGGCGAUGGAAGACGCGUCAGGGGCCGGGGCCGCAUGCGCUCUGGCAGCCCCGCUCGAAGCCGCUGAGCACUGCGAGACGGACGCGACCCCGCCCUCUUCGUCUGCUUUCUUGGCGUCGCCGUCGCCGACGGCGCUGUCGACACAGCCGUCGACAGCUUCCGCCUCGCCCUCGGUUCGGCAGUACGUGAGUCCCUUCGGAAGAGACACCUUCAUCUGUCCCCGGACACCCCACACUGCGCGACUCGCGGCCGGCGCUGCGCUGGCCCUCUGCGACCUCGUCCUCGGCCCACCCGCCAGCCUUGGUCGGCCCAGGGAGACUCGCCGCAAAAAGAAGGGAAAGCGAAAAGAGGAGCUCCAAGAAAGACAGCAAGAGGGACACCAAGAGAGACAGCAAGAGGGACACCAAGAGGGACAGCACGAGGGACACCAAGAGGCGAAGCCGGAGCAGUGGGAAGCAGAGACGGGGGACCAAGCGAGAGGGCUGGGAGAGGCCGCCGAAGGGGUUGCCAGCGAGAGGCAACAGAUGGCGUCUUCGUUUGAAGAGAUAGAAAGACUGGAAGGCGAGAGGGAAGACGUUCCAGCUGCGACAGAACGCGGUGAAGGCGUACUGCACGCUGGCGAAAAGCCUCAAGAGAAUACAGUGAAACGCGGCUUCGCUAUUAUUCGCCCUCCAGGCCACCAUGCCUGCUCCAAUGAAGCAGCCGGCUUCUGUAUCUACAACAACGUGGCCCUCGCCGCGAACUACCUCCUCACCAAGCACGGCUUGUCGCGCGUCGCGAUUCUCGACUGGGACGUUCACCACGGCAACGGAACACAAGACCUCUUCUACAACUCAUCGUCCGUGCUGUAUGUGUCUGUCCAUCGCUACGACAAAGCCAAGCCUGCGUCGAGCACGCAGGCAGACGCCGCCGAUGCUGCUUCCUCUUCUUUGAACGCAUCGGACACGGAACCUAGCGCUGUCCCCUCGGCCUCUUCGGCCUCACCCGCGUCGUCGGCUGGGGCCGGCUUCUACCCCGGGACAGGAGCCUUGACAGAGACAGGCGUCGCUGCGGGGCGCGGCUACACGAUCAACAUUCCGCUAUCGAAGGGCUACACAGAUGGAGACAUGUUUUGGGCCUUCUGCGGGAUUGUCGCGCCGGCUCUCACGGCCUUCCGGCCGCAGGUGAUCCUCGUGUCUGCAGGCUUUGACGCAGCAGCAGGCGAUCCCCUCGGCGGCUGCUUUUUGUCUCCGCCUCUCUUUGCGUGGAUGACCCGGCAAGUCUGUCGCCUGGCCGACCUCCACUGCGGCGGCAAGGCUCUGUUCUUUCUCGAGGGCGGCUACAAUGGCGACGUGCUGGGGACCUGUGUGGAGGCGUGCGUGGCUGCGCUGGUGGGGGCGGAGACCGCAGUCGACGGAGACAUGCGCGCGGGGCCAGCGCCCCACAUCGCCGCGGAAGACGCGGUGUACGGAAUGCACGCGGAGGGCGACGACGGGCGCCGGGAGGAGUCGCCCGAUUCUGGAGAGGCGAGCGAAAGCGCGGGCCGUGCGGGACAUGCAGAGGAAGAGCAGGAGCCCACCGCGAGAAGGCCCAGUCAGACUGGGGCGAGUGACACGUGCGCCGACACGGGGAGUCGAACGCUCCAGGAAAGUCAAGGGACGAGCUUGAGAAAGCCGCAAGGAGAAAGCAGCUUCUGCUGCUCUUCGCCGCUCUCGCUGAGGUUGGGCGAAACCCUCGCGCGCCUCGAUCUCGGCAUUCUGGAAGGUGUGGAACCCGCUGUCGCGUCGUCCAAAUUUCUAGACGUGCGCUCGCCGCACGCGUCGGUUUCUCUUCCUGUCUCCCCUCUCGUGCACGGGGCCUCCAGGUGGUCUCCGUUCUGUGCUUCGACUCCGGCGUCCCCGGAGUUUUCUUCUCGGGCGUGUCCUCUUCCCCCGUUCGCUCUGCCCCUGCUUUUUGACGAACGCGCCGCGAUCUUGUGCCCCAAGUGUCGCUGGCUCUCCCACAACAAGGCUCGCUUGCCGUCUUCGCGUUCGCGUUCGACAUCGAUCGCGUGCUGCGCCACUGCCUCGUCCACACAGAGAACAGGGGAUGCCGUUUGCGGCCCACCGCCCGCCGGCACGCGGUCCAGAGGGCCUGCGUUUGAACAGUUGUCGGCGGUUUGCAAGGCCGGGCUGUCCUUUUUCGUCGAGAAACGAACGCACGCAAAGUUUGUUCCCGACCCGUUCCCGCCGGGAGAGCGGUGGGCGGUGAUCUCGCCGGCCGCCGUCGACCUGGCGAUGCGAGACGCCGCCGACGUCUCGCCUCUGGGCACCGGGAACGUGGCCAGUUGGGCUCCAAUCGCGACCGCGGAGACAGGGGGCAAGACAAAGGGGCGAGGCGACGAGAAACGUUCGCGCGGGGACGGCAAGAAGAAGGGUCAGGACGCGAAAGGCCGGAAAGAAGCUCGGAAGAGAGAGGCCCCAAAGGCCGACUGCGAGACAGCACGUCGUCGAGAGGAAGCACAUUGUCUCCAACAGGGCGUGGCGUCCGAUGUUGAGACUGGGGCGGCACAAGGGACCCCGCUGUCGUUGUCAGAAUCCUGUGUGUCGCCCCGUUCGCCAUGUUCGCUUCCAGCCUGUCGUGCGGCUUCGGAGCGCUUUGCGUCGGCCGGCGCCGUUUGCCCUACGUGCACCGUCUGUUCCCCGUUUUUCUCGACGGUGUCUCCAGCGCCUGGAUCGCCGACAGCGUGUCCGCAGUGGAGGUCGCAGCCUUCUUCGCCUUCGCCCUUUCUCUCCAUCUCGCGCAAGGCGUGGGGUUCGUCUGCGACAGCCGGGCCUUCCCGUCCCGCCGAGGGUGAGCCGUUCGCCUCAGCGGCGGUGCCGACAAGUCGCGGUGGCAACGCACUGUGCUCUGCGGUUUUGUUUGGCGCCAUAGCGGAAGACGAGUUUGAGGCGACAGCCCCCGAAUGCCAGGACGCCCUCGCGAGUCUUUGCGCCCCGCAGCUAGAGGGGACGACCCAGCUGUGUCCUCACGCGCCCGCGCUCGUCUGUGCCGCGUGUGGGGUCUCUCUCGAGCCUGCGGAAAUCGCCUUUCCCUCGUCUGCUCCUGCCUCGCCGACACAGUCUUCGAGUUCUGCAGCGGCGUCCCCUGUAGGCAGUGCCGCGGGCCCCGGAGGCUCUUUGAGCUCCGAGCGCGUUGGAGCCGAACGCGGAGAAGACGCACAAGAGGCUCUCAGCGAGCGUCAGAAGCUGGUGGUGUGCCGCCAGGCGACCUAUGACAGUCUUCGUCUCGUCCGACACCUGCAUGCGCGCUCUCCGUUCUUUCUGCCUCCGCUCCCGCCGCUUCCGAAAACUGUGAAGACGAAGAACGGCCCACCAGCCUCAGAGACGGCGGAUGCAGCGGCGGAAAGGUCUGCACAAAUCGAGUUUCAGCUUCGCGUAGACCCGCCGGGAGACGCGGAGGAAGCGAGCACGCAAGGGAGGGACACCAGUGAAGCGAACGACGGAGAAGACGGGACUGACGGGAGACACUCGGGACACAAAGAUCGGAAGAUAAGCGAUAGGACCACAGAAGAACAACGCAGAGAUGGGAAACCCAACACAACGCUAACAAUGAGAGGCGGCCAGGGAGACAAAGAAGAACAAACGGCGGAGCUUCGGGAGACAGGGGACGAACGCGGUGGCGACACGAAUCAGACUGUUUGCGUGUCUUCUCUUAUUUCCACCUCGUCUUCAAUGAUGGCCUCGCCGGGUCCCCAUGCUGCUUCCGCUGCUCCAUGCGGAAGUCGGCGUCCCACCUCUACGCCGUCCUCCUCUGCUGACUCCUGGACUGUCUCCGCUGCUCUGUCUCCCUCUCCUGCAUCGUAUCCUCCUCGCGCUUCUUCUUCGUGUGCUUCUGUCCCUUCGUCGCCUCUGUUGCCUUCUUCCUCCCGGCCAUUGGCGAACGUGUUCCCGGCGGGCUGGCUCUCGCAUGUGCGUUGCCGGAUUGUUGGCGGGCGCGUGAAUCGCUGGCUGCUUCCCUCGAUCUGCGCGGACGAAGUGCAUGCGCGCGGGGCGAAGCUGGGAAGGACGACGGCCCUUGCGAAGAACGAUUGCAUCAAGCAGGGACAGCUGGUGAAGCUGUGCAGCUGGAGCGAGGCUGCCUUCUACACCUGGGUGCAUGUGCAUGCAGCGAAGGCGGAGAGUGGCGCGACAACGGAGACCCGGAGCUCGGAGAAGGCCCACGAAGCGGCGGGGACGCUGCAGGCGCUCGAGGCUCUUUUCAGGCGACUGAAGCGUCCAGACGACGGCGCGGGCGAAGGGCGGAUCCAAGACAAGACCGCCCUUGGAGUUCACGACCGACCGAGCCAGGAGGACCAUGAAAGGAACGGCGAAGGAAUCGCCUUCCACGCCUCCCUGACUCCUCAUCACGAGGCGCUGGAGUCCGCCGUUCUCUCCUUCGAUCCUGAACAGGUCUUGGAGCUUCUGCGCAUUCGGCCGGAUGCCCUCUCACUCCGCGGGCCGCAGGCUGCUUCGAGGGAUCUUCCGCCUUCGCCCUCGGGGUCUGCCGCGUCUCUUUCCCACGCCUCUCUGUCCCCGUCUCGGCCCUCGCCCGACUCGGGUUCCUCCAACGUGGCUACCGAGCUGGCCAAGUUCAUGCCGCGAUGCCACCGCGUCUUCUGGACGCAUGCGUGGGCGCUCGCAGAGCCGUCCACGUCGAAAGAGGCCGGCGAGGGAGGAAGGAAGAGAGAUCCCGGCGACGAAACGGAAGGAGAAGCAGGAGAAGAGGCAGGGGGAGAGGAGCGAAACUCGGGGACGCGUCCUGAGACCCGAGAGGUUUCCGCUGCUCCGUCAGCUGUUUCCGCCCUCGCGCGACUACAGCUGGAGACUCCUGAGUGCACCGGCCCCGACGUGCUUCCAGCGUUGUCCCCUCGCCAACCGGCCUCGGCCUCCUCGUCUGCGCCUCGUUCUUCGUCUCCCUCCUCGUCGGCGUCGUGCGUUCCUGUGUCUCCGCUGGCACCUGUUUCCUCUUCUGCCGCGGGUUCUGUCUCGCCUACGUGCGGCUCGCGGUUUGCAUGCGCCGUCGCCCUCGAAGACGUCGCGCAGUUCGUACGGCCCUGCGUGAUGGACAUCAAGAUGGGCAUUCAAAUGUACGAUCCGAGCUGUACAGACGUCGUGAAGAUUCAGCGCAUGCAGGAGAAAGCGCGAGGGCGGUCCGUCGCCUCCCACGGCUUCUUCAUCUGCGGAGUCUCGGCGGGGGCCGUGGACACUGCAGGCGCUCCCGGGACGCAGGCAGCUGGCGAAGCAGGCGAAGAGGCCCAGGCAGAAAGCAAAGACAAAGAGCAGUUUUUCGGCACGGAUGCGACUGGCGAAGAGGCGCGGCAAGGUGGAGGGUAUGCAGAAAAUGUCGUGUCGUCUCUGAGGCCGUUUGUGCUGUCGAAACAAGACGCCUACGCGGUCACUCAGGACGCCGAGUUCCUCCGCGUGUUCGCCAACUUUUUCUGUGUCAACAGGUGCCCGCAGUUAGCUGCGCGCCUGAUUCGGAAAUGCCUCGACAGGCUGGCGACUCUGCAAAGGCUCUUCGAGCAACAGGCGCAAGUCGCUUUCUACGGCUCAAGCCUCCUGUUCGUCUUCGACGCGGGUCCAGCUCCAGCUGCGACCUCGCCGGGAUCGGCGCCUUCUACCGAUGCGUCGGCCGUCUUCGCGUGGCCACAGCGAACGGGACGAAUGGAAGCGGCGACGAAAGAAGAACACAAAGUGGGCAACAGCGGGGGUCCGGAAACGCGUGUGCGGCGGCACGGCGAGGCAGGCAGCGCCGUUUGCGCGGACAGUCCACGCGUGAACCAGGACAACGAAGCGCUCCAUGAUGCGAUCGUCGAGAGUUUCGGUGCGUAUAUGGUGGAUUUCGCCCAUGUCAAUUUCAGUCAUAGACAACAGGAUCGGGGCUACCUUUUCGGCCUCUCGAAUCUGCAGCGACUGUUCGCCCGCGUCCUGGACAGUCUGGCGCCGUCGCCGCCGCACGCGUCGGUUGAGCCAGCACCCGAGUCGAAGAGCAAAGACACAGCGAGAAAAGAGGAAACGGGAGCGCGUGAAGAGCCUGGCGAAACGUACGGGCCUGGGGAGGGCGGGAAGGCCGAACAACAAGAGGGAAGGCCAUGA